AUGUUCCUGCUCGUUUUCUAUGCCACUUGUCGUUUGAAUGCUGCCCUUACUCGUGCCACAUUAACCGUUUGCCAGACACAUUCCCAUCAAAAAGAGUCCGUGCAGCGCAGUGAACCGCAAGUCGAGACCGAAUCAUUCUAUGAUGAGAAUGGCAAACUGAUUCGACGCACGAUCAAACGUUCCGAGGUGACCACAACAAAGACUGUGAGUGAACGUAUCAUCGCCGGGACCAUAGAUCCGAACCAUGCCCUGGAUAUGGCUUUACACGAGGUGACUAAACUGGAUCGGGAUACGUCCGUGCUGAAUAAUACCGUGGGUCAAGUGGAGAUACGUACCAAGCCGGAAAGUGCAAUCUAG